ACAAAUAAACCGCAACGUCUCUUACUAAGCCCCAUUUUCCAGACAAAAGAAGCGAAAUUUUCUCGGGAAAAAGAAAAGAAAAUGGCCGAAGAAGAAGAAGAAGAAGCUGCAAUGGAGGAUCCAUGGAUUGCUGCACUGGAGGAAUCUUGGAAUCAGAUGUCGAAAGCCAGAGAUUUUCUCAAAACCGAAACCUGCAACGAAGUAGCGGCCGUCCUCGACGCGCUCUUCAAGAGCCAAGAAAGCAUCGAGUACAAAUCGGCGCGUGCUCUCUACGAAUGCUGCGUCGCUCAUUUCGCAGACUUCUUAACCCUAAAGCUCCUCAAGGCGUAUCGAAGCUGUUCCACCGAUGGCCUCCUCAGGUUCCGGAUGAUCUAUCUUCUCUCCCAAGCAACCACCGAGCUCAGAAGCCGCAACUUCCAGUUCUCUCCCUCCGCUCUCCGCGACGUCAAACCGCUCGUGAUCUCGUGCUUGGAGAUGGAAGAAACGGGAGAAUCUGACAUCAAGAUCCUCCGGAGAAUCGUCUCUUUCGUGGCUUACAACGUUGGUAUGUUAGAUGAUGGAGGAUGGGAGGAGCUCAACGGUUGCAUCCUCGGACUUACUGAUAGCUACCCUUGCAGAGCUUUUCAUGUCUUCCUCGAUGUGCCUGCGGUCUGCGAUGACUUCAUCAGCCUACCAGUUAUGCAGAGAGUUUACGAUGAAGCCGAGUUGGUGCUGCUUAGCCCUGAGAGAGUUGGAGUCCAAGAUUGGGUCUUGGCGUUUGAAACUGUUGUUAAAAUUGGGGUUCAUGCCGCGGAUUCGGAGAUGGAAUCGACCUUGAUGGAGCGUGUUCUCAAGUUAGCGAGUGAUGUGGUGAAGAAAGGAAUGGGAGAGUUUGUUGAUAGAGGGCUUGAAGAUCUCAAGACGUUCCUUGCACGAGACGGCACCCUCUCUAAGUACAAUAAGGAACAGCGCACCUUUGUAGCGGAGUUAGCUUUCAAGAUUGCUUCUUGCCGUCACGAAUCUAAGAAACAAGGCAAGAAGGUAAAGAGUGAGAUUUCGAAUGUGCUUCGGAAACCCAACAUGUAUGGCCAUGAUGAUGAUGAUGAUGAUGAUGAUCACAUAUCAGGAGGGUUUGAAAUUGAUUGGUGUAACCAUUUGUCCACCUUAUCAUCACCACUUGAGAUCUUGAGAAUCUUUGCGGUAACCGAUCUCGAAGAGAGUUCCAGAGAGUUGGCUAUCAGAAGGCUAAACCUCCUGCUCUCUGAUCACGCUACCAAGAAGGUGGUGAUAGAGGUUUCAGUGAUGAGACAGCUCCAGCCACUGCUCAUUUCUUGCCUUAAGGAAGACCGGCUCUCAGUCUCAGACAGCAUGUUCAAAGUCCUAGGCGAAGUGGUGUUCCACGUUGCUAAUGAAGUGUUAAGCAACGAAGGAGAAGACAAAUGGUUCGAUCUAUGGGAAUAUAUUGCAUCACAAUGCAAAACACAGUUCGAGAAAGCGGUCUAUAUCUUCCAGUCUCUAACAAUGAUGCUUGAUGAUAUGGAUAUUUUGAUUCAUGUGAUUGAUAUUCUUCUCCCUGAGAUCAACGCAAGGCUACAGCUGCUUCUGGUAGAAGAUAAUAGUUGCUGGGUCUUGGCGUUUGUGGGUGCUUUUUGUGCAGCGAUUCACUUGGUAGAGGUCACAAGUCAUGCUGAUUCUGUUAAGGAGAUUACUUUGAAGAUGAUAGAUUCGGUGAGAGAGCUUGUGGAAAGAGGAGGAAUGGAAGUUGGGGUUGUGAGGAGAGCUUUCAGAGAUUUGGAGAAAGUUGUCAAGAAACAGGUGAAAUGGUACAGUACGAGCGACUACAGAUUCGUCAAGGGUCUGCUUUCGAGGCUCUACGCAAUCAAAGCCAUGAAAAUGGAAAGCAGGAUACUGUUAUGGAGAAUCAAUGUGAUCGUGGAGAGGGGAGUGCAUGAUGAUCUUAAAGAGUGACCCUGAUUGUGCUGUGAGCAAACCUGAGGAGAGGCUUAGGAGUGUUGUAUAUGAUUUGGAAUCAUGCAUGCAGAGUACAGUUUUUUACCAUUGGAAAUGAAAUGAAAUGUAAAGAAUGUAGUUACGAAUGAAAACAAUGUGAAGAA